CGCUCGUGUCACCGUUGUGGAGUACACGUCGUCAGUUUUUAUGUGUUUUUGGCACAAACUGAUAAGAUUUUGUGUUCAACGUGCUUUUUGUACAACUUAAUACUUUUUUAAAUCAUGUCGUCUACUGAAGAGACUUCUCAACUCAAGGCUGGGCAUCCACCUGCAGUUAAGGCUGGUGGCAUGCGCAUAACUCAGCACAAGAGUCCUCAUGCAAAAGACGCUAAGGAGCCCGCAAACGAAGAUAUGACCGGCCUCUCAGGCCCUUCCCCUGUCCCUACAAACCCUGUCUCUAUCGCUGGAGCACCAAACCGAGGAGACCGAGAUUUCACACCAGAGGCAGCGCGAGUGGCCCACAGUCCAAAGCCACCAUCGCACAUUAACGUCAAACCAGCUCCUCACAUUCAACAGCCACGAAAGUAGAUUGAUGACAUAUAACAUUAUUAAAGGGCAAUAUUCUGUAACGUUUAUGGUAAUAAUAAGUAAAAGAUGCCAUUAAAAUGCUAAUGAGAUUUCAAAUACCAGCUUGAGGCCAUCCAUGUAAUGCUAUAAAAAAUAAGUAUCGUACCAUGAAGUUACAUACGUCAUGAUAUUGAAUUUGUGUUAGGUGUUAUAGCAGAUUUUACGUCAAUACAAUUGAAUUUUUUUACACCGGUUACAAUUUGCCGCUUUCAUAAACAAGUAGUAAAGGAGUCACCACACUUAUCGACACAAAAUCGCAAUAAUCCGCCAGAAAAAGCUUUAUAUAUAUGUAAUGUAAUAACAACGAGAGAUGUUAUAUGUAACUUGUCCAUUUUUUACCCUCAGAGAGGGACGCCAGUAAAUUUAUUAUUGUUUUAAAAAAUAAAAGACAUGUUUAUGAUUGUUACGAACCGUUUAGUGAUAAAAAAAAAGAAAUUGAAAAUUGUUUAAUGAAUCAAAAAUGUUAAAGAAGAACUAUGAUUGUGUAUGACUAUGGUUGGCGGCUGGUUUUGUAUAUUUUUCGCUUCCGCGACAUUUAAAAAAAAAUAUUGUUACGUGUGUUCUGUUUUGUGAAAGCGGGACACUUUUAGGUAUUUUGCGGACAGCGGGACACGAGGUCUAAAAGCGGGACAUAUGAUCGCGUUAGUUGUACGUUUCGCGUCGGCAACCCGAGCGGAAGCGACAUACACAUCAUCUUUUUCGGUCUUAUUGUACGAACAUAAAGUUUUUUCUGACCGCCUGUGCGAUGACUCCAUAAUGCGUUAAAUAUUUUGAAAUUUAUACUCACUCUUCACAUAGUUAGAGCCAAAAUUUGGUAAAGUUCAAUUUUACAAUUUUAACACCUUAGACAAAUUCAAGUUGCCUUAAUGUUAUUAUCGAAAGAAUGUAGGUAAAUUUGAUUACAUAUAUAUAUAUUUUAAGGAUUGUUUGAUAAGAUUUUAUCACAAUCAUUUCAAAAGUCAAUACAAGUAUCACCAUUCUUGGUUUUGCAGUUGAUCUUCAUUUGGAUACCGAACAAAGAAAAACAGAUUUUCAUUAAAUUAUAUUCUCUUGGUUACGAGACAUUUAUUUAUUUAUAUUUCGCUCUUACUCAUGGACAUAAUUUUCUAACCGACUCUUGCCGAGUCUACACCGAUGAGUGUAAGUGACACCUUUAACUACAUCUUUGCCAUUAAAGGUUUAGCUGACAUGUCAACCGACAUGCUGUUAUUAUACGAUAGAAAAUUGGAAAAUAUCAAGCAAUACAAGACCUUAUUAUUAAUGUCGCUGUAAUCAUAUUUACUAGCAUUCUGCUAUUGCCUAGUGAUUAGAUUGAUAUAUUAAGAGAAUUUGUAUUAUAAAUAAGUCAGAGUGUUUAUUUAUUAUCGUAAUCAGUUACAAUUAUAUUCUUUACUAUAACAACCUAAUCUAAAGGCUUGUAACGCCGGAUGCACAUUAGACCUUGUGAAAAGGGUCUUACUGCGUUUUAUAACAAAAUACUGCUCAAGCGUUUUUUUUCUUUGUCAACAAUCGGUCUUCUGUUUGAAAUACAUUUAUAUGAAUGCAUUAUACAUAUAAUAAUUAUAGGAAUUUUGUACUGUAAUUAAAACAGCAAAAUACAUCGUAAACGUAGUACGUAAGCAACCAUAUCUUAUAAUCAUUAUAAGUUUGUAAAAAAUAGAGAAAUUCCAUAAGAAAUGUAUAAAGACUGUCACUUGUCAUACAUAAGAAAACCAAUCAUGUAGAAACAUUUUUAUCAAAUCUUUAUUUACUUUAGAAUUUUCAUAAAGAGCUCAAUAUUGCAGAAAGGAAACUAUAUGUUCAUUCAGGCCACCCCAUAGACCCCAUACAGGUGCAAAAGAAACUUGUUUUGACCUUUAUUAUUAAACUACCUUUUUUAUUAAACUAAAUACAGUUUUUUAGCACAAAAACUUUUCUUGAAAUAUCUUUGUUAUUCUAUGAAUAUUCCAAAUUUUAUAAGGCUUAAAGUAAUUAAACCAACUGGUAUUUCUCAUAAAAAAAUAAAAACAAAAUGCAUUAAAAUAAAAAUCCAGAAAAAGUGUGCAAUUCUACUAAAAAGAUUGUAAUGUUAAAAUAAACUAGUUAAGUUGAAAAGUUAUUCUAAAUUCUACGUAAGCAAUAGUUUUGAUGUUAGAACGUAUGAUAAAAAAAAUUGAAAUUUUAUAUUGUUAUAUUUCUUUGGUGCUCGGUAUUAGUUGCAUUUUAUUUACAUUCCUAUUUUAUCAGAUAAAAAGUUGUUCUCUGUAUUUUACUGCAACGUCACAUGGCGUACCUAUUUCUGCCGCCAAGCAGAAAUGUGAGCAUUACUGCGUUCCGGUUGUGAAAGGUGAGGGUGCUGGUGAAAUGACAAGCACAUGGGACUUGUCAACUUAUGUCUCAGGAUACCGGGUCCAGUGGCAGUGCCCCCAGAUUUAAUUGAAGAUAACAACUUUUGUGCCUUCAUUAUAUAGAUUUCCAAUAGUGUUGGAACUAUUAUUAUUUUAUUAACUAUUAUCAAUCUAAAAAGGUCGAUGGAUUAUUAUUUAUUUUUUUAUCUUUUUUGGCAACUCGACAGCCCAGCAAAAUAUGAAGAACAACGCUUUACUUAAUUGUUAUUGUAAUCAAAAUACAGUUUACGAACUGAAAAUAUUGUAAAAAUAUAUAUUAAUUACUUUUAUUUUGUAAUAACAUGGUCAUCAUAAUUACGUUUUGGGACCAUGCGGUUUUUUGUAAUAUUUUAAUAUUUCUUAGUAGUUUUUAAAUAUUAUAAUUGUGAAAUUAAUAUUGUGUUUCAUUAAAUAUGUAUGGUUCAACGAUUAGUGCCGGCUUUACCUAUGGCGCAGGGGGCACGGAGCGCCACUCGCAACGCCUACGAAGAACCUACAGCGAUCGCGGCACAAGCGCAAUAAACGGACUAUUGCUUCCCAACAUCUGCAUCCGAAUUUUCGAUCACUGGGGAAAAUAUUAUAUAACUAUUCCAUUUUGAUCGCAUGCCUACUAGAGGGCGCCAGGGCGCGUGGGCUAGGGCUGGACUCUGUCCUCGAUAGUGGAGGAAAUUCAAAUCAUCAGGGAACUAGCUAUCUUCUACAGGUUAUUAAAAAAGUAAUUUGCAUAUAAAAAUAGGCGUUUUGAGGUGGCGACCGCAAAGAAAAUCGGAUUUUCCAUGUUAAAAAC